AUGCCCGUUGCUGUAGCUAAUUCGUUUACAUAUCAGAAGAUGCAUAUUAAAUCUGACCAGCACGUGUCGAUGAUGUUUUCAUAUCAUCGUAGCAUCAGAAGCAUCUAUUCGAUGGAACUCUGCGUGAAGCUCCAAGAUGUGGGGGGCAGCUCAUCUAGUUCGAAUAACGUGGAGGAAAUGCGAAAUUCCGGUGCUGGUGAAGGCAUUCCAUUUUUGGACAUAGGUAGGGGUCGUAGUCCGUCCUUUAAUGCCUUCGUGGCCCCCGCCCAGAAUAUAAAAAUACCUGACCGACGACCCUUCCCGAAUGUCCAUGUUGCAUAUUCGGAAGGAAUGGCCGACGGGUUGGCUGACUCAUCUGAGGAAGACGAGAUUGAGAAUGAUAGUGGAGAGGAAGCAGAGGUUGUUCCGGAAACCCAACCGGUUCAGGGCGAAAGGGUCAUCCCAAGUGUUGUUGAACCGAUCAAUGUUGCAAGGGUCGGAGCUCUUUCCAUCGGCACCCCCGACCAUUACCUGCACCUCAGUCUUGGUCCAAUGAACUCGACAAAUGCAGAGGACAUACCCAGUAACUAUGAUUUGACAGGUGAAAUGGAGCUAGAGGUUGGCCUGAAAUUCCUGACUAAGGAUGCAGCAAUGCUUGCUGUUAAGAACUACAACAUACGUCGAAGUGCGAAAUUCAAAGUAGUGGAGUCAGAUCAUACCAGGUAUGUUUGUCGGUGCAAACUUUUUGGUGACCAAUGUUCCUGGAUGGAGUCCGUGGAAUCGGCAUACGGAUACAAGGUGUUUUACAAAAAGGUUUGGCUAGCGAAGCAAAAGGCAAUAGCGAGAAUCUAUGGAUACUGUGAUGAUUCUUAUAACCAGUUAGAGAGAUACUUCAAUGCGUUGCAAACCUUUGUUCCAGGGACAAUUGCUGACCUACAAACCCGACCAUACUACGUGGACAACACCCUCGAUCGUGAAAGCGUCAUGUUUCAUCAAGUAUUCUGGUCAUUCCCAUCGUGUGUCAAGGCAUUCAAGCACUGCAAACCUCUAGUUUCGGUUGAUGGAACACACCUGUAUGGUAAGUACACGGGUACCUUGUUGAUGGGAAUAGCACAGGACGGAAACAACAACAUUCUUCCCAUAGCUUUCGCGCUAGUGGAACGGGAGAAUACAGAUGCAUGGUACUUCUUUCUGACCAACUUAAGGAGACAUGUGGCUACGCAACCAGAUGUUCCACUGAUCUUUGACAGGCAUGUGGCCAUAAAGGCUGCGUUGGAGCGAGAGGGUUGUGGCUGGGAACACAAUGUUUACUGUGUCCGACACAUUGCGUCCAAUUUCGCAACAAACUUCAAGAGUAAAGAAGCCAAAAGACAUCUUGUUAGCGCUGCAUACUCGAAGACCCAAGAGCAGGCACAGUACUACCUAGAGUUAAUCAGCGCAGAGGAUCCAGCCACGUCCCCAGCAAUUAUGGCUUGGAUAAGAGGGUUAGAGCCACCGAAAUGGCUCCAACACCGCGAUGAGGGGCGCCGAUAUGGUCACAUGACAACGAACCUUUCUGAGUGUAUCAACUCUGUGAUGAAGGGCACUCGUAACCUUCCGGUGUGUGCAAUUGUGAAGUCCACAUACCACCGUUUAAAUGCAUUGUUUGUCCAGAAGGGUCGGCAGGCAGAAGCACAGGUUGCAUGUGGCCAGAUGUUCUCACAGUUCUUGCAAAAGGCAAUACUUGCCAACAGGGAGGGAAUCACGCAGGUGCUUGUCAUAUCACACGACAGGGCGACAUCGAUCUUCACCGUCGAUGAGAUAGCCGGCGUAGUGUCACGGCCUUGGACUAAAAAUUUACCGUGA